AUUUAUUUAUUUAUUUCUCAAUCGGAUAGUCUCAAGAUGGAAAGAUCUCAAAAAUCUGCUCGUAAGAAGAAGAAGACAUCAAAAUCAGGAAAUGAUCGAUCAAUUCGAAGUGAACGUAAAAGUAAACAGAAGAAACCGGCAGGCGAGAAAAGUCAAAAAAGUCGAAGAACUCGAAAAAGUCGUGGACCAAAGGGAAAUGGAUUCACUUCUCGUGAAACUAUUCAACCAUCAUCAUCAGGACAAAGUGAAGGAACUACUAGAAUGGAUGAUCAGAAAGAUGAGAAGAAGGAUGACAAAAAAGAGGAGAAGAAAGAAGAGAGAAAGGAAGAAAAGAAGGAAGAAGUUAAAGAGCCAUGGAGUGAAGAAGAGCCUGCUAAGAGAAUGGUAGCGAAUGGAUUCUUCACAACUACCAAUGUUGGCGGGACAUUCAAACAAACCGACAACUUCAAAACGCCGAUGGACUCGUGCCCUUCUUUCAAGAACAACAUGCACAAAAUACGAGCUCCGGAUUGUCCAAUCCCGGAAGAAAAGCUUGUGAAGUUGACGAAUGGUCCGGAGAGUUUCAUAUGUGCUGCCAAGAUCACAGUUCCGGAUUUCAACCGAACUAUGAUCCUGACUCAAGUUCCUGAUCUGUCAAGUGCGCCUGACAUCGCUGAUUUCUGGAGAAUGAUCCACCAGGAGAGCAUAGCUUCAGUAGUUAUUGCAGUUAUGCCCCUGGAGGUGACACUUCAACAAAUCUUGCCUCUUCUGAGCGGAACAUACUCCACCUAUGGAAAAAUGUUUGUCAACAAUAAGAAGGUUGAAUCAGCUGUCGGAAUGACUGAAUACUGUUUGGAAAUCUUUCCCGAUGGAUGCUCAAACUCGUUGCUCACUACAGUGUACCACUUGCACAACUGGCGUCAGAAAAGAGGAUUGGAGGUUGUGACAGAUUUGGUUGCAACGAUGGAGAAGGUUAUGAAGGUUAAUGACAACACUGUUCUUAUGAGCAUGAAUGGUACUGGUCGAGCCGGAACCAUGUUAACACUCUUCACAGCAAUGCUCCAAGUUCAGAAAGGAAAGGAAGUGAACGCAAAGGAAACGUUGGCAAGUUUGAGAGCUGAAAGAUGCGGAAUUGUGGACAACAUUGAUCAAUUCGGAACUGUCCACAGAUCUAUGGCUUGUUGGUUCAAGAACAACUCAACAAAUGAAGAAGUUCAAAGAAAAGUCGUCGAGUUUGCACCAAGUAUUCAAUGAUUCCUCUCAUUCACAAUGAAUUGGUUUUUAUU